AUGAAGUGGUUUGUACUAAUUGGGAUCCUCUCGGUAGCUUUUGCAAAGCACGAGAUGUAUAAAGGAUGGAAAUCCUAUUACAUCGGGGUCUCCAGCGUCGACCAGUCCAAAGCCCUAGGACCUUUGAUACAGAAGUUUGAGCUGGACUUUCUAAGCCACCCUGCCGAGGGUCGCGAGGGUGUGGUGCUGGUGAAGCCACAGCAUCAGGCUGCCUUUGUGCAGGAGUUGGAAGCUGAAGGUAUCGCCUAUAGGAUCCACGCUGAUGAUGUGAAGGAAAAACUGGACUACGAAGACCAGCUCAUAGAAGCACAAAGGAGAUCCACAAUGUCGAGGAACGGAGGCCGUCAGCUGCCUUAUGACAACUAUCAGGAACUCGAAGUGAUCGAAGAUUACCUGGACUACAUUGGAGAAACAUACCCGGACGUUGCAAAAGUAGUUACCGGAGGACAUUCCUUCAACAAUCACCCAAUUAAAUACGUUAAGAUCUCUACAACGAAUUUUGAAGAUGAGACCAAACCGAUAAUCGUUAUUGAUGGGACAAUCCACGCUAGGGAAUGGAUCACCCCUCCCACAGUAACUUGGGCUAUACAUAAGCUGGUGGAAAAUGUCACUGAACCUGACCUCUUGGAUAGAUUUGACUGGAUCCUGGUGCCUGUUAUCAAUCCUGAUGGGUACAAGUAUACUUUUGAUAAGGACCGAUUCUGGCGCAAAACCCGUUCUUUUGACACCCAUCCACUCAGCCUCAUCUGUCGAGGAGUAGACGCGAACAGGAACUUCGAUUUCGUUUUCAACACAGUGGGAACGGACUGGAGCCCUUGUGGGGAGACUUAUCCAGGCACCCAUGCCUUCUCUCAACCAGAAACCAGAGUCAUCAGGGACAUUUUACAUGAAAACUUGGCUCGGAUCGCUCUGUAUAUCAACCUCCACAGUUUCGGAAGUAUGAUCAUGUAUCCGUGGGGCCAUGACGGAUCCCUGCCACAGAAUGCUCUUGGUCUUCACACAGUGGGCAUCGCUAUGGCCAAUGCUAUCCAAAGUAAAGCCUUACCACACUUCCCAAAUUGGUCGGCAAACGAGCAGACGGAUUACCUGAUGGACGGCAAGCGAGCUGAUGGAUUACCUGAUGGUAAGCAAACGACGCCGCCCAUAGACACCCGCAAUGACGUAGGAGUUACGAGUGCAUUGCCGACCUUCUUGGAGGAUGAGAAAGAUUGGGCCUCCGGUAACCUCACUCAAACGGCGAAAAUCAGUCGCUGUGGUUCUUUCAUGCCAGUUUUCUGUGAAACUUCUCAAUCCUUAAAUAUCCGCAACCCUUAUCCCCAAAAGGCUGGGUAA